CUUUAAUGCGCUUCAUCCCCGCGCGCGUUAGUUUAUAUCGUCAUUAUCUUCAUCAGCAGAAGUCAGGAGGAGGAGGGGAGGCAGUGAGCAGAAGCAGUGUGGAGAGUCUGGUGUUUAUGCAGAAAUGGAGCUGCUCAUCCUGCUGCUCUUUCUUGGUGUCUCACUCUCAGAUGGGUUUAAUGUUGACGUGUCGAACCCAGAGACAUUCUCAGGAAAUAAAGAGGAGUUGUUUGGAUACCGAGUGCUGCAGUAUCAGUCUGAUGAGAUGAAACAAAUUAUCGUCAGCGCUCCACUAGGCACAAACAGUUCAGGAGCUCUUUACAGUUGCACAGUGGAGAAGAAUGACUGCAGCUCUUUUUAUCAGCCAGACUCAAAGGCGAUCAGGUUCUUUGGGAUGUCGAUGACAGUGGGGACGUCUCCAUCAGCCACACUCACUAGUUGCAGUCCAAGUUUCACACGCGAGUGUAAAGGAACUUCAUAUCUGAAUGGAAUCUGUUACCAGUUCAAUGGCCGUCUGAAGAUGGUCACCAACAUCACCCCUGCUUUCCAAGAGUGUACGGAGAGUAAAGUGAACCUGGUUUUCCUUUUUGACGGCUCCAGCAGCAUGCAAACAUCUGACUUCAAUAAGAAUAAAGAAUUCAUAUGGAACAUCAUGACAACAAUGAAGAACACAUCUAUUGAGUUUGCUGCUGUUCAGUUUUCUAGCGAAUUCAGGACAGUUUUCACCUUUAAAGAUUAUGUUAGUGGCACGGCGAAGAAGAGACUUGAUGACGAAGGGCACAUGAAGCAGCUCACAAACACACACAGAGCCAUCCAGUUCACCCUUGAUCAUCUGUUUAAUAAUAAUAAGUCCGGUGCGGAUCCUGAGGCGACUAAAGCCCUCGUCAUCAUCACAGAUGGAGCUCCUUCUGAUUUAGACAAUAACGUAAUACAUCGCUGUGAGGAGCAAAACAUCGCUCGCUUUGUUAUUGGGGUGGGGCAUCAAGUCAAAUUAGAGAAGCUGGAAAAGUUUGCCUCAAAGCCGAAAAGGAACAACACCUUCAUGAUUAACAACUACGCUGGACUUAAUGAACUUUUGGAUAAUUUACAAAAUAAGAUCUUUGGCAUGGAGGGAACUCGGGGCAUGUUGUUUAGUAAAGAGCUGUCUCAGAGCGGAUUCAGUGCUGCAAGUGACAAGGACACUCUCAUACUGGGAGCGGUUGGAUCUAAUCAUUGGACUGGAAACCUGUAUGAGGUCACAGGAUCUGAAGCUUCGAUCAGUGAGAUGGAAAUCAAAGACAUAAACCUAAAUAAUGAUUCAUACAAUGGUUACUCUGUUGUGGUUGGGCAGAGGGGCAGAGAUUCUCUUGUGUUCUCUGGAGCACCGAGAUGUGAUCACAGGGGUCGGGUGACUCUGUUCAGGAAGAGCACUGACAAGUGGGAAACCAUCAGCAAUAUCGCAGGAGAACUGAUCGGCUCGUAUUUCGGAGGAUCGGUGUGUGUGUUAGACCUGGACUCAGACAACAACACUGACUUCCUCGUGGUUGGAGCUCCGCUGUAUUACCAACCUCAUCCUCAGAGAGAGGGACGGGUGUAUAUCUACAGACUCACACAGCAGCUGAAAUUGGAGAAGCAGUUGGAGAUUAGUGAAUCAGCUCAGGGUCGGUUUGGGAUGACUUUAGCUGCUGUAUCAGAUCUAAAUGGAGACCAGCUGAAGGAUUUAGCUGUUGGAGCUCCACUGGAAGAUGAUCAAAAAGGAGCCGUUUACAUUUACCUCGGCAACCGUGAUCACGGCAUCCGCUCUAAGUACAGCCAGAGAAUUUUUGCAAGUUCCAUUAAUAAGCAGCUUCAGCAUUUCGGCUUGUCGAUUGAUGGUGUAAUGGACAUGGGACAGGAUGGUCUGAUAGACAUUGCUGUUGGAGCACAAGGGAGCGUUUUAAUCUUGAGAACUCGGCCGGUUGUGUCCGUCUCAGCAAAGCUCAGUUUCUCCCCGUCUGAAAUCAACCUGAAUCAUUUUGACUGCCACAGCAGCUCAGACAACGCUAUUCCUGUCUUUUACCUUAGCACCUGCUUCAAUAUGGCAGAGGACACCAAAAGCAAAGGGGGAGUAAGGAGUGGCCUAAAUGUGUCACUGGAGCUCAAAGCUGAUGCUGUGAGAAAGGACAGUCGUGCAUUUUUCAAUAAGAAAGAUAAGACGUCCAGGAGUCUGGUGAAGUCUGUGCUCCUGAACACAGAGGUUUCCUGUUACAAUCAUACAGUCUAUAUGAAGAGCUGUGUAAAGGACACAGUGUCUCCACUGUUAUUCCGACUCAACUUCAGCCUGUUUGAUCAUGAACCAGACAGCUCCAACGCCAUCCUGAACAUUGACAGCAAAACUAUUGCUCUUGUAGAGGUUCCCUUUCAGAUUAACUGCAAAAACACGACCUGUAUAUCAGACCUGCAGCUGAACUUUAACUUUCUGAACAGCACAUUGCUGGUGGUGGAUCAGGCACCAUUUAUUAUCCAUGUGACUUUACUGAACACAGGGGACGACUCGUUCAACACAAGCGUGGUUCUGUUCUACCCUCCUGGAUUAUCACUUUCUCUGUUCAAGACCAUCAAGCAAAACAGAAGGACUCGAAGCAGUUGUGGAGAUCGUGACGAAGGAGCGCUGAACAAAACCACCUGCAGUAUCAGUUUACCUGUUUAUCGCAGUAACACAGAGGCUGUGUUUGAGGGUGUGUUUCGCAUCUCUCGUGACUACAACUGGACUGAUGUCAUGAAAAUGACCCUUGUGGCCAGCAGUGAUAACAAUAGAAAUACAAGUAGCACCACAGUGAUGAAGACUCUGCCUGUUCUGUACAGUGUAGACGUGGCCGUCAGCUCUGUUCCUGAGCUUUCUGUAACGUAUCUGAAUUUCUCUCUUGAAGAUAAAGGCCCUAAACCUAUCCAUAUUGUGUUUAGGGUGCGUAAUCUGGGACUGAAGGGUCUGCCUGUGACAAUAAGCUUCAGGAUGCCGAAUCACACUGAUGAAAAGAUCUUCUAUCUGGAUGAUAACACCGUCCUAUCGAAUAUUACAGCCUGUAGCAUCAUACCACCUCAGAAACAUGAUGUAAGUUGGUUUGAGCAGUUUGUGAAUUUCACCUGUCGACCUUUCUCACUGGAUCCCGGGUCUGUUGUCCAUAUUACUCUGAGUGCAAACGUCACGUUCCCUAAUAAACAGCAAUAUUCAGGGAAAUGGUCUUUCAGUGGGUUCAAGAAGGAGGACGAUUUUUCUGUCUUUGCUCAGCUGGACUUUGAUCAAAAGUUUUAUCAUCAGUUAUCUGGUCACAGCGAGAACGAUUCCAGCAGAUUUCAUCGUGCUAAUAUCAAUGUAAAAGCAGAGCUGGUUGUUCCUCCGGAUAUGGCUAUGAUAAUCGGGACAGGUACAGGAGGAGGACUUCUCCUGCUCUUCGUAAUCAUACUGCUGCUGAAGUUAUAUUGUCUUUACUGCUGUGGACAUUACAAUAUCAAAAAAGCAACUAAAUGAAAUCUAUAAUAAAACCAUACAAAAGAACAAAAAAAAAGAGCAAAAUUAGUGAUACAUAAGCCUUUUACAUAAGAUAUA